CCUCUCAUUCCAAAAUCAUGGACUUUUAAUAUGGAGUUGGCCCCCCUUUGCGGCUACACCAGCCUAUAACAGCCUCUACUCUUCUGGGAAGGUGUUCCACUAGAUGUUGGAACAUUGCUGCGGGGACUUGCUUCCAUUCAGCCACAAGCAUUAGUGAGGUCGGGCACUGAUGUUGGUUCUCCUGGCAUCCUGGCAUCCUCCAAACCCAGAGUCAUCCGUUGGACUGCCAGAUGUUGAAACAUGAUUCAUCACUCCAGAGAACGCGUUUCCACUGCUCCAGAGUCCAAUGGCGGAAUGGAUCAUUACUGAUCACUUAUGAAAAGACUUGGAGCGUCAAAAUGAACGGGGUCCAAGAGUUCGGUGGUGAGGACCCCUGUCCUGUCAAAACUCCCAGAGGGGUGAAGGACCCCACUCUGACCAACGGUCACACCCAUCCUGUGAAUGGUGCCAUAAAUCCUCUGGACCUCUCCCCAAACCCCACACAACACACACCCACUCCAGACAGGGGGUUACCCCAUACUCUCCAAUCCAUACCCUCACAGCCUGACAGCCCCUUAUCCAAACCUCCUAUCCAACAUGACACCCCCAGACCUCCCCCUGUCUCUCACCACAGACACCACGCACAACCGGCCAAUGAACAGAGACCCAAGCCCCCUCCGCCCACCUAUCAGGAGGCGAUGGCUGCCUCGGCAUCCCGCCCCCUGGAUCUCCCGUCUCAAUCAAAUUUCCCUCCUGAGAAACCACUCCCCCUUGCUAACCCAAACCCCUCCCCUUCCCCUGUCUGUCUGAAUGGCAGCCACCACAAUGUUUUUCCUUCGAACCCCACCCCCCUGGAAACCAACAGCCUAUCAGCCAACCCCAUUCUCUCAAACUACGCUCCUCCGCACCACGACCAACAAUCAGCAAAGGUGAAGACCAGGGGGACCAUCUCAGAGUUUUACUCCCACUCUCGUCUACACCACAUCUCCACGUGGAGAAGUGAGUUCUCUGAGUAUGUCAACAUGUUGCAGAGCAGGAUGAGGGCCACAGGGGGUGCAACCUUCCCCGGGAGAGACAGGCUCAGACGCCAGAGGAGAGAGGGUAAGGAGCUCCUGCUACUGCCUACCAUCGUUCAGUCAGACUGCUCUAUCAAGUUGAGUGUUACACCAGAUGAACUUGCCAGUGCCAUCCGAGCAGAUGUCAGGGAGAGGACUGGGUGCUCCGCCUCAGUGGGCAUGGGGUCCAACAUCCUGUUGGCGAGAAUGGCUACCCGAAAGGCUAAGCCGAACGGACAGUACCUCCUGAGGUCAGAGGAAGUGGAUGACUUCAUCAGGGACCAGACGGUGACCAGCCUACCAGGUGUGGGCCGUUCUAUGGGUGGUAAACUGGCAUCUCUGGGUGUGAGGUCAUGUGGGAACCUGCAGCAGAUGUCUCUGCAGCGGCUGCAGAAGGAGUUUGGCCCUCGCACCGGUCAGACCCUCUUCAGGUUCUGCCGAGGUCUGGACGACCGGCCCGUCCGUAGCGAGAAAGAGAGGAAGUCUGUCUCUGCUGAGAUGAACUACAACAUCCGCUUCACACAGGUGGACGAGGCGGAGUCGUUCCUGACCCACCUGUCCAUUGAGGUGCAGAAGCGUCUGCAGGGGGCGGGGCUUAGGGGUCGCAGGCUGACCCUAAAGUUCAUGGUCUGUAAGGCAGGGGUGGAGCAAUCCAACUACAGUGGUCAUGGCACCUGUGACAAUUUGGCUAGGUCAGUGACCCUGGCCCAGCUUACAGACUGUGGUCAUUUGAUAGCCAGUGAAGUCAUCAAGCUGUUCCACGCAAUGAGGCUGAAGGUGCAGGACCUGAGGGGGGUGGGCCUCCAGGUGCAGCUCCUCGAGGGGGCCCACUCCGUCCCCAAGGACCCCACGGGCCCUAAAACAUGCUACGUCAGAGACAAGCUGCUGGCCCAGCACCCCCCCGCCCAACAUAACUAUACAGAUUCGCCACCUAAUACCGCCAUUACUGACACAUGCACCAGUCAGGAAAAUAGUUCCUCUGCCAGAGUCCUGUCCCCCUUCUCCACUCCCCGCCCUACAUCGCCUGCUGAGCCAAUCCCUGGGACAAGUAAAGGAGAGCCGCCACGCACACCUAACCAUGUUGAUAACUGCCUUAACCUCAGCAUCGAGGUCUCCCCUCCCUCACAGGUGGACCGGUCGGUGUUGGAGGCCUUGCCUGCAGAGUUGAGAGAACAGGUGGAGCACUCCUGGACCCACAGAGACACAGAGAGAACCCACAACGGGUCACACCAACGCCCCCUUCACCCUGGCCCCUCUUCUCCUCUCUCUUCCUGUUCAUCUUCCCUUCUACCCUCCUCUCCUCCUUCCCCCGCUGCCCCUCCUAUAGGAGCACUAGUGCUUCAGAUCCCCAAACAGUUUGGACAGACCGGCUCCACAGGCAUCAUACUGGAACUGUCUGACUUCUCCCAGGUUGACCCGGAGUUGUUUGCAGCACUCCCCAGAGAACUCCAGGAGGAGCUGCGUUCAGUGUACGGCCGCAGAGAGAACACCCAGGGGAUCAUGGCUGAACUGACCCCCAUCCAACUGGAGAAUGGACCUUCCACCUCCCCCCUACAGCAGGACGACCCAGAGACUCUGUCCAAGUUCACCCCUUGCCCUGAACCCACCCUGGCUGGAGCCUGUGAUUUCAGGGACAUCCGAACACUACUCAGAGAAUGGAUAACUACCAUCUCAGACCCCAUGGAGGAGGACAUUCUGCAGGUAGUCAAGUACUGCACUGAUCUGAUCAAUGACAAAGACCUAGAGAAACUUGACCUGAUCAUCAAGUACAUGAAGAGGCAGUUGACGCAGCAGCAGUCUGUGGAGUCUGUAUGGAGCAUGGCCUUUGACUUCAUCCUGGACAACGUGCAGGUGGUGGUACAUCAGACCUAUGGCAGCACUCUGAAGAUCACGUAGGAGAGGGCAGCACUCUGAAGAUCACGUAGGAGAGGGCAGCACUCUGAAGAUCACGUAGGAGAGGGCAGCACUCUGAAGAUCACGUAGGAGAGGGCAGCACUCUGAAGAUCACGUAGGAGAGGGCAGCACUCUGAAGAUCACGUAGGAGAGGGCAGCACUCUGAAGAUCACGUAGGAGAGGGCAACACUCUGAAGAUCACGUAGGAGAGGGCAACACUCUGAAGAUCACGUAGGAGAGGGCAACACUGAAGAUCACGUAGGAGAGGGCAACAGUCUGAAGAUCACGUAGGAGAGGGCACGGCAGGCUCUGGCCAAGUCUCAAAUCACACCCUAUUCCCCAUAUAAUGCACAGGUCAAAGGUAUUAUACUGAUAUGUGGAGGAUAGAAUGCCAUUUGAGAUCCAGUUUUGCUCCUCCUGCUCCUGUUUAUUGUGCCACUGUUAGAGCCAUCCCACUAUUACAUCAUGAUCCUGUGGGAGGAGCUGGGUCAAAUCAUGAUGUCUGUGAUCUUCAGCACGGAAAGUCGGAGUUCUAGAAAGAUGCCAGAGUUUUAGAGUUGGAUGACCAUUCAAAACUUUUUUUCCCAUUUCCCAGUUGUCUUGAAGGCACUGAAGUCGGAGGUCAGAGUUCCCAUUUCCCAGUUGUUUUGAACACGACAAUAACCUGGACACGUGUUCUCUCCUUGUGUCAUCACAGUGAAAGAGUUCUGUGUCAUUGUGACAUCAGCACAACAACCCUCUAUCUCUCACUUUGACAUCAGCAGAGCCCAACCUGCCUUCUGUUGUGACGUCGUCAUAACACACGUCAGCAGAACAGAGCACAGAUAUCGUCUGCGCUACACUUUGAAAAAUCAAACUUGGCCCAUCGCACAAUGUCCAACUUUCCAUGGGUCGGAGGGGGAGGGGCAGGAACCCUCCUCCUGUAGCCCCUAUUGGUCAGGACCCACUGAAAGUCAUGAGUAAUGGCAGAGUUGGCCACUAGGUCUGUGAAUAUGCCAAUCGUCCCAGUAUAGGACAGACUGAGACAUAGAGAUGGCCAUGGAAUCUCCUUGCUGUCUCCACUGCAUUCUUCCUCGUUCUUUUCACUCUCUCUGCUUUGCACCAGUUGUUCUGUUACUCUCUGCUUUGCACCAGUUGUUAUGUUACUCUGCUUUGCACCAGUUGUUCUGUUACUCUCUGCUUUGUACCAGUUGUUAUGUUACUCUGCUUUGUACCAGUUGUUCUGUUACUCUCUGCUUUGCACCAGUUGUUCUGUUACUCUCUGCUUUGCACCAGUUGUUCUGUUACUCUCUGCUUUGCACCAGUUGUUCUGUUACUAUCUGCUUUGCACCAGUUGUUCUGUUACUCUCUGCUUUGCACCAGUUGUUCUGUUACUCUGCUUUGUACCAGUUGUUCUGUUACUCUCUGCUUUGCACCAGUUGUUCUGUUACUCUCUGCUUUGCACCAGUUGUUAUGUUACUCUCUGCUUUGUACCAGUUGUUCUGUUACUCUCUGCUUUGCACCAGUUGUUAUGUUACUCUCUGCUUUGCACCAGUUGUUCUGUUACUCUCUGCUUUGCACCAGUUGUUCUGUUACUCUCUGCUUUGUACCAGUUGUUCUGUUACUCUCUGCUUUGCACCCGUUGUUCUGUUACUCUCUGCUUUGCACCAGUUGUUAUGUUACUCUGCUUUGCACCAGUUGUUAUGUUACUCUGCUUUGCACCAGUUGUUCUGUUACUCUGCUUUGCACCAGCCUACGGAGCUGUGAGGGGAACGGCACCUCAGUACCUCCAGGCUCUGAUCAGGCCCUACACCCAAACAAGGGCACUGCGUUCAUCCACCU